AUGAAAAAGGCGGAAAAUAUGUAUCAUAAGGAAAUCCACCAUUUCCCACCAAACAAAUCCCAGUCCAUUCGUCGAACCAGCCAAGCUCUGUCUAAGAAAAUCGGGCAUAUCUGCUUGCUAGGAAAGGCUGGCUCUGGUCCUGAGCACGAUGAGUUCGAUCAGAUUUGGUGGCCACAUACAAGAGAGAAGGAACCUUUUAAAGUUGUCCCAUUUUGGGCUAUCCGCAUUACUUUUAUCCGCAUCAAUGAUAUAGUGAACGUCCAGAUUUUGAUACGAAGGUAG